CCAAGUUGUCUUUAGCCAAUCACUUCAAAUUCUUUCACAUAGCUUUCUUUCUGAAUCCCAGUGCUUACUUUCUGAAUUCCCUCUGGUGAUUCUAAUUAGUGUUUUGAACGCGAAAAAAUUCAAAGGAGAUAUGGCUGAGUUCAAGACUGGUGCUGAACAUAAUUAAGAGGUUGCUGAGAGCUCUCACUGCCUACAUUCUACAAAGCUGCUCAGACAUCAGAUCUUGAGAACAUUAGAGGAAGGGAAGGAAAAGUUACUUUUGGUUUGACUAGUGAGAAUUACAUACAUGGAAAAAGGAAAAGAAAAUGAAGGAGAAAGAGAGAAAGGGGAAGCAAACAACUCAUCGGUGACAUCUGCUGUAUUCCAAAAGGACAUUGACAAUCUUCUGGAUUUCAUAGAGAGGCUAAAGAAUGGACGAGAUCAAAUUGCUCUUGACACAGAUGAAAUUGAAAAUCUGACAAUGUGGCUGAAGUUUAUGUCGUCAUUUUUUCAGCUUUUUUAUUUCAUUCCCGGUGGUUUUGAUGCCGAAAUAUCUUGCGUAUUAUUUGAGCUUCAUGAUCUGGUUCAGUCACUUUUUCAUCAGAGUGGAGAUGACAUGCUGCAUAAGUUGACGGAUGAUGUCGCUCCUUGCCUCCUGAAAAAAUUGGAAAGUUGUCUGAGCUCAUAUCAUAAUUCUGAACCAAGUGCCACUAUGACUGAGGAUCAGUUGGUUGAACUUUUGGACGUCCUCCCCAUGUAUCUCCAUGAUCAAUCCAAGUUGCUUGCUGAGUUCAUUUGCCCAUUAAAGACUGAAUAUGAGGUUCUUCAGAAUGUAUGUGGUAAUUUAAGAGAUUUCCAUGGGCUAAAAGUAAAUAAUUACGUUGAGUAUGAGACAAUUGAAUAUGUCUUACCUCAGUUGCAACUUAUGGCUGAGAGAGUAAAACACUUCUGUUUUGCCUUUUUGGCUUAUCAGUUUGAUAUGAUAGCUGACGUCCCUCAAGUAAAGCUAGCUCAUCUGCUUCUGGAGAUUGUUCCUGUUCAACUGGAGGUUAUGCACAUAUGUUGUACAAAUUUGAAAGCUUCAAAAUCAGCAGAAGUUGGACACUUCAAUAAGCAGCUCUUAGAAGCCUCUCCAGACAUUCUUAGAGAGUAUCUGAUUCAUCUACAAGAGCAUAGGGUUAAUGUUAUUACUCUUGGCACUUCAGCUCAAAACAUUCAUUUCAUGAUAGAGUUUCUAUUGAUUAUUCUUACAGAUGUGCCCAAAGACAUUAUUUAUCACGACAAACUGUUUGUAUUCUUGUCACGUGUUGUAGCUCUUACCAGGGAGGUAUCAAUUCUUGUUCGCAACUCAGAAGAGAACUCAAGGAAUGAAGAGAACAUGAAUGAAACAAGUUGUGCAGGUCUAGAUUUGCUAGGAAAUAUUGAAUUCCUGAAGAAAGAUCUCAAACAUGUUUUCUUAAAAGCCCCUGAAGACUCAUAUCAACUCUGCUUCCCCAAGAGUGACGGAUCACUCUUCAUGAAUCUUCUACUCAUAAACUUAGAUGGUUUGCUCAAUUCCAAUGCUUAUGCAGUUGCUUUGAUAAAGGAAGAAAUUGGGUUGGUGAAAGAAUACCUACAGUUCAUAAGAUCGUUCUUUGGGAAUGUUGAGCAAGAAUUGAAUAGGAAUCUUUGGACUCGUGUUCUAGAUGUGGCAUAUGAGGCAGAAUAUGUCAUCAAUUCAAUUCUUGUCAGAGAUCAUGGUCUCUUGCAGCUUAUUUUCUUACUACCUGAUAUUGUAGAAAAGAUCAAGCUUAUCAAGAAAGAGAUACAGGAAAACAUGAGUCUUAUUGUUGUAAACUCUCCCAACAAACCAGUUGAAAGAAAGUCAACAAGAAAGCAAGUUGGGCAAAUAAUUGUAGGCUUUGAGGAGGAGAAAAAUCUGAUAAUUUCACAGCUUAUCAAUCGACUAGCAGAGCUAGAUGUUAUUUCGAUCAUUGGCAUGCCUGGUGCAGGUAAAACUACUCUUGCGCACAGAGUAUUCAAUGAUAUGUCAGUUACUAGUCAUUUCGAUAUUCGUGCAUGGUGCACAGUCGACCAAGAGUAUGACAGCCAAAAGGUGUUGCAUAAAAUUUUUAAUCAAGUCACUGGUUUGGAUGCGAAAUUUACUGAGGAUUUUGAUGUUUAUGAUGAGCUUCGAAAAAAGCUGCACAGUAGGAGGUACCUUAUUGUUUUGGAUGACUUGUGGGAUACUAAAGCAUGGGACGAGCUAACAAUGCCUUUUCAGGACUUUCAGAAAGGAAGUAGAAUUAUUUUAACAAGUCGAGAAAAGAAAGUGGCUUUGCAUGGAAAAUGUCACAGUGAUCCUCUUAACCUUCGAUUGCUAAGACAAGAAGAAAGUUGGGAGUUAUUAGAGAAAAAGGUAUUCGGAGAAGAAAGUUGCCCCGAUGAACUAAAGGAUGUUGGAGAAGAAAUAGCCCUAAAGUGUGAAGGUCUUCCUUUGGCACUUGAUCUGAUUGGUGGAGUCAUUGCGAAGAUGGAAAAGAAAGAGGAUUUGUGGCUGGAAGUUUUAAAUAAUUUGAAAUCCUUUAAGAAUGAAGGGGAGGUGAUGGAGGUUAUAGAGUUAAGUUAUGACCAUUUAUCAGAUCACCUAAAGCCAUGCUUGCUCUACCUUGCAAGCUACCCAAAGGACGAAGAUAUUCAAAUCUCUCAACUGAAAGACUUAUGGAGUGCCGAAGGGUUUGUGGAACAAAAUGACAUGAAGUGUGUGGAAGAAGUACAGGAGUCUUAUGUGGAUGAGUUAAUUUCUAGUAGCUUGGUAAUACUUUUCAAUGAGAGAGGUAUCAGGUACCCGAGUAUCAAAAUUCAUGAUCUUGUGCAUGAUUUUUGUUCGAGAAAAGCUGAAAAGGAAAAGUUGUUUGGCUUUGUAAGUUCAAGUGAUCCAUCCUCUUCUUCAGAUCUGAUGCCACGGGGAAUGACCAUUCAUUAUGAUCAUCCGGAUGAAAGUGUUGUCCUGUUCAAUCCAGAAAAGAAGAAUCCUUAUGUUAAACAUCUCCUCUCUUUGAAGGUAGACAUGGAUGAAUAUGGGAAGCCCAACAAACUUUCCGAAAACUGUCACCUAAGACAUUUGAGGCUUCUUAAAAGGUUGGAGCUGCUGCGCAUAACUUUGACAGAUUCUUUGCUGAAUGAAAUAGGCAUGCUUGUUCAUUUGAGGUGCUUAAACAUUCGAACAGAGGCAAGAGCUUUCCCUCCAUCAUUUGCAAACCUCUUGAAUCUGGAAACUCUGGUGGUGGAUAAUGGUCAAUCAACAAUGGUAAUAUCACCAAGUAUUUGGAGUCUUCCAAAGCUACGACAUGUGAGCAUGGAUAGUUUUUUUCUCUUUGAACCGACCAUCGACAAACCAACAGUGUUAGAAGAGGAGUUGAAGUUAGAGAAUUUGAGAAUAUUACAUAAUCCCACCAUUUUCUGUUUGGAAGACAGAAAGGAGAUAUUCAAAAGGUUUCCCAAUCUUCGAAGCCUUAAAUUCAGCAUUAGCAUACCAAGGAAUUUCAGAUCAGAUGCAAUAAAAGAGCAGAUUUGUUUUCCAAGAUUGGAUGUCCUUAAUGAACUUGAAGAAGUUUCUGCAUAUUUUGGCUUCAAUUGGCACAAUGCACAUCAGUGGGAUUUUCACUUCCCUUCGAACUUGAAAAUUUUGGAGCUGAGAGGGUUUGAUCUGACAUCCGAUUCACUAUCAAGAAUUGCGAGAUUACCCAACCUUCAACAACUAUGUCUACACAGCUUAACCAUCCAAGGGAAAGAAUGGAACGCGGAACAAGUCACCUUUCAAAGUCUCAGAUUGCUAAAGUUGGCAUGGGUGUCUUUUUCUGAAUGGCAGGUUGGAGAGGCAUCGUUUCCUGUGCUCGAGGAAUUACAAUUACGAUAUUGUACUGAGCUUACGGAGAUCCCAGACAGUUUCGGGGAUAUUACUUCACUGAAGUCUAUUACACUGGAAAGCAACCCUCAACUUGAAGAUUCAGCCCUAAGGAUUAAGGAAUAUAUUUCAGAAAUGACGGGAGAAGACAAGCUUGAGUUAAAGGAGUCCUUUUAGGUCCUUAUCUGCACAAAACUGAUUGUCAAGUGUUACUGGGAUUUCUGUUUAAUUUCUUCUUUUUUUCUUUUUGGUGAGUAAACCUGCUAAGAGACAGCAAAAUUAUCCUAAAAACAAGUAUCUUAUAUGUCCCAAAUUUGUUCUAUUUCCUUCUUAAAAGUAACAUAUAUAGCUCUGCAUGUGACUCUUCUAUUAA